CUCAAGUCACGUGGUUCCCAGUUUCCCCAUAUUUUCAAGUAUAAGUUCUCGGGCCCUGUUUUUAGGUUCUACCUGUAUAUGUUUUGUGGUUAUACCUGUGAUGUCUAUUCAAAAAAUAGCGAAUUGGUUUCUUACCGAUGCUGGUAAGAAAUGUUGUUUUUAUGGAUCAGGAGCAAUUUCUACAUGUGUACUUUUUGCCAAUUUCCUGCCACAUACUUUAUUGUUAGACCAGUACAAAGAGAUUGUGCAUUUAUACAAGAAUGGUUUAUCAGUCCAAUUACCAAAAAAGCUUCAGGAGAGGUUUCAAACAGCCUUAGAUUUACUUGAGGUUGAAACUGUCGAUAAACAUUUAUAUAAACCAUUUCACUGUUACGGCUUUGAUGUGAUGAGUGCAGGAAGUAGUUACAGCAGAUUUGGAGUUAUUGUUGGAUUACCAGCAAACUUUACAUGCGAUAAUGUUGAUAUGGUAGAUAGAUCUAAAAUUAAGGUAAACCACGAAUCUGUAAUUUGGGAAUCGGAAGAUGGUAAAAAAUUACUGAAUUCUCUAGUUUUGUCUGAAAAUGCACAAAUAUAUGCCAUGUCAAAAGAAAUAAAAUUCAGACAAACCCCAAAGCCUUUGCUUGAUACAAUUUUUGCAACAAGUUCUUGUGUAUUAGCUUAUUCUUUAGGAAACUUUAUUAAUAAUAAGUUUAAUCUUUACAAUAAACCACGAGGAGUCAGAGUUACAAUGUAUGGUUUCGUUGGUCUAUUUGUUGUUGGUCUGUAUACGAUGUUAAAAGAUGUGUCACAAAUAUAUUUUGAAGAAAAUGUUGAUAGAGAAUUAAAGCAAAAGAACACAAUAUUUGUGGAAGGUGGAAAAGAAUACUACACCAAAAUUUUGGAAAGAAAUCAAGCACUUCGAAAAAUGAUGGGAAAGGAAGGAGAAAGAUUAUAUAGUGUACUGGGGAAUGAAAAUUAUUUAUUUCGGACAAAACAUAUUCCAGUAGUACAAAGAAAAUUAUUUUUUGAGGAGUCUCAAAAA